ACACCGCACUGAGCGGACAUGGCGGCGUCCUGACUGUUUUCUCCGCACUGAGGGAAGCUCAUCGCGGAGACUCGGCUCCACAGGCUCGGGGAGAAAGAGCAGAGACGUUCACGCACUUUGGAGGGUGGGGGAAAAGGGGACGGAGACGAGCCGCAGCUGAAACGGACCGCUCAGGCCUUGCCAGAAGAUGAAUGUCCUCAAAGACAACAAAGACUUGGCCUGUUUCUACACAACCAAACACUCCUGGAGGGGGAAGUACAAGCGAGUUUUCUCUGUCGGAACCCACGGCAUCACCACAUACAACCCUACCACGUUAGAAGUUACAAACCAGUGGCCUUAUGGGGAUAUCUGUGGCAUCGCUCCGGUGGGAAAAGGCCAGGGCACGGAGUUCAACCUCACCUUCCGGAAGGGCAGCGGGAAGAAGUCCGAAACGCUCAAGUUUUCCACCGAGCAUCGCACAGAGCUGCUGACGGAGGCACUGCGAUUCAGAACAGACUUUUCCGAGGGGAAGAUAACUGGAAGGCGUUACAAUUGCUACAAGCAUCACUGGAGUGACACGCGGAAGACGGUGGGUUUGGAGGUGACACCGGGGGGCAUCGACCAGAUCGACCCUCACACCAACCGGGUCAUCUGUUCCUAUGACUACCGCUCCAUUGAGGGCUUCGCUGAGGUGUCCGACUACCAGGGGGGCUUCUGCAUCCUCUAUGGGGGCUUCAGUAGACUGCACCUCUUUGCGUCGGAACAUCGUGAUGAAAUCAUCCGCAGUGCGAUUGAACAUGCUGGGAACUUCAUUGGGAUUAUGCUGCGGUUACGGAAGGAUCCUCUGACCUUCGAGGGCUUCGUCAGUGAGAGGCUGGGCAAGUACGGCUCGGACGAGAGCAUCACCUCACUCGCCGAGUUCGUCGUGCAAAAGAUCUCGCCACGGCACGCGGAGCCUGUGAAGAGGAUCCUGGCCCUCACGGAGACGUGUUUGGUGGAGAGAGACCCGGCCUCGUACAACAUCGUCACCAUCAAACCCUUUGGAGAGGUGUUUGCUCUGAUCUGUGAUGCGGAGAACCCUCAGGUAUUCACUGUCGAGUUCAUCAGGGGACAGAUACGAAAGUACUGCUCCACAGAGAGGGACUCUUUGUUGGCGAGUCUGCUGGAUGGCGUGAGGGCGUCUGGUAACAGGGAUGUGUGUGUGAAGAUGGCCCCCACCCAAAGAGGGCAGCGCUGGGGGCUUCUUAGCAUGCCUGUAGAUGAAGAGGUGGAGAGCCUACACCUCAGGUUCCUCGCUGCUCCGCCUAAUGGAAACUUUGCCGACGCAGUGUUCAGGUUCAAUGCUAACAUCUCCUACAGUGGCGUUCUGCACGCUGUCACUCAAGACGGUCUUUUUUCAGAGAACAAAGAGAAACUGAUCAACAACGCCAUCUUGGCCUUACUGUCCCAGGAUGCAGAGCUGGCAGGGCCCAACGCUGAGCUUGAGGCCCAGUUCCAGGCCAUUCGGCGCCUGGUCGCCUCCAAAGCCGGGUUCCAGGCCUUCACUCAGCUCCCCAAGUUCAGAGAGAAGCUGGGUGUGAAGACUGUAAAAGCGCUGAAGAGGAACAAUAACGGAAUAACACAUGCUGCUAUAGACAUGCUCUGUGCCCUGAUGUGUCCGAUGCACGAUGACUACGACCUGAGGCAGGAGCAGCUGAACAAGGCAUCGCUGCUCUCCUCCAAGAAGUUCCUGGAGAACCUUCUAGAAAAGUUCAUCAGUAAUGUGGAGCACGGCACAGGUGCUUUAGUCAUCAGUGCACUUCUGGACUUCUUGACCUUUGCCCUCUGCGCGCCCUACAGUGAAACAACUGAAGGUCAGCAGUUCGACAUGCUGCUGGAGAUGGUGGCCUCCAACGGAAGAACCCUCUUCAAACUCUUUCAGCAUCCCUCCAUGGCUAUAGUGAAGGGGGCCGGGCUGGUUAUGAAGGCCAUUAUUGAGGAGGGUGAUAAGGAAAUAGCCACCAAGAUGCAGGAUCUGGCGUUGAGUGAAGGUGCCUUACCUCGACAUCUCCACACUUCAAUGUUCACAGUCAGCGCUGACCAGAGGAUGCUCACCAACAGACAGCUGAGUCGGCACCUGGUGGGUUUGUGGACCGCGGAGAACCCCGUCGCCAUGAACCUGCUGAAGAGAAUCCUGCCGACUGGUCUCCUGGCGUAUCUGGACAGUUCUGACCCUGUACCGGAGAAAGACGUGGACAGGAUGCACAUCCGCGACAACCUAAAGAUCGCCUCAGACCAGUUCGGGCGGACGAAGGUGCCGGAAUGGCAGCGGAUAGCAGGGAAGGCCGCAAAGGAGGUGGAGAAGUUUGCCAAAGAGAAGGCCGACCUGGUGCUCAUGCACUGGAGAGACAAGAUGGGCAUCGCGCAGAAGGAGCAGGACAGGAAUAACCUGAACCCAAACCAAAAACCGGUUAUCCUGAGGAAGAGAAGACAGCGGAUUAAGAUUGAGGCCAACUGGGAGCUCUUCUACUACAAAUUUCAGCUGGAUCAUGCACGUUCUAAUCUGAUCUGGAACCUCAAGACUCGUGAGGAGCUGCGAGAUGCUCUGGAGGGAGAAAUGCGCUCGUUCAGCGUGGACCGAGAGCUGGGCAGCGCAAAUGUCAUCUCCUGGAAUCACCAGGAGUUUGAGGUGAAGUACGAGUGCCUUUCUGAUGAGAUUAGGAUCGGGGAUUAUUACCUCCGUCUGCUGCUGGAGGAGGAUGAGAAUGAGGAGUCUGGAGCCAUAAAGAGAUCGUAUGAGUUCUUUAAUGAACUGUACCACCGUUUCCUACUAACACCCAAGGUUGCCAUGAAGUGUCUGUGCCUUCAGGCUCUGACGAUAGUCUAUGGGAAGUGCUGCGAGGAGAUCGGCCCGUUCGCUGAUACCAAAUACAUUGUGGGCAUGUUGGACAGGUGUACAGACAGGCUGGAGAGAGACAGGCUCAUCCUCUUCCUCAACAAGCUCAUUCUAAACAAGAAAAAUGUGAAGGAUAUAAUGGACUCAAACGGUGUGCGUAUUCUAGUGGACCUGCUUACAUUAGCCCACCUUCACACCAGCAGAGCUACUGUUCCCCUGCAGAGUAACGUUUUGGAAGCAGCUCCGGACAUGAAGAGAGAGAGUGAGAAAGAGUGGUACUUUGGCAAUGCUGAUAAGGAGAGGAGAGGACCUUUCAGUUUUGAGGAGAUGCAGGAGUUCUGGAGCUCCGGGACGCUGACCGCAAAGACGCGGUGCUGGGCCCAGGGCAUGGACGGCUGGCGCCCCCUGCAGGCCAUCCCGCAGUUGAAGUGGUGCCUUCUGGCCAGCGGGCAGGCCGUGAUGAAUGAGACAGACCUGGCCACGCUCAUCUUAAACAUGCUGAUCACUAUGUGUUCCUACUUCCCCAGCAGGGACCAGGACAAUGCCAUCAUCAGACCUUUACCCAAAGUGAAGAGGCUAAUCAGUGAUAACACCUCUUUACCCCAUAUUGUUCAGCUGCUGCUGACGUUUGACCCCAUCCUGGUGGAGAAAGUGGCCAACCUGUUGUACCUGGUGAUGCAGGACAACCCCAACCUGCAGCGUCUCUACCUCACUGGAGUUUUCUUCUUCAUCAUGAUGUACACAGGCUCCAAUGUUCUCCCAGUGGCAAGGUUCCUGAAGUACACUCACCUAAAGCAGGCCUUCAAAUCAGAGGAGGCUAAAGGUCAGGACAUUGUGCAGAGGAGUGUGCUGGGGCCGGUGCUGCCGGAGGCGAUGGUGUGUUACUUGGAGAACUACGAAGCCGAGCGCUUCUCUGAAAUCUUUCUGGGCGAGUUUGACACUCCUGAGGCCAUCUGGAGCAGCGAGAUGAGGCGCAUGAUGAUAGAGAAGAUAGCCGCUCACCUGGCAGACUUUACUCCUCGGCUGCAGAGUAACACUCGCGCUCUGUAUCAGUACUGCCCCAUUCCUGUGGUCAGCUUCCCUCAACUCGACAGCGAGCUCUUCUGCAACAUCUACUAUCUCCGCCACCUCUGUGACUCCAACCGCUUCCCCGACUGGCCCAUACGGGACCCUGUGAAGCUGUUGAAAGACACUCUGGAAGCCUGGAAGAGGGAGGUGGAGAAGAAACCUCCAUCCAUGUCUGUUGAUGACGCCUAUGAGGUGCUGAAUCUGCCCAUCGGACAGGGCCAGCACGAGGAGAGUAAAAUUAGGAAAGCGUAUUUCAGACUGGCUCAGAAAUACCAUCCAGACAAAAACCCAGAGGGCAGGGACAUGUUUGAAAAGGUAAACAAGGCGUACGAGUUCCUGUGCACUAAAUCUGCACGCAUUGUGGACGGGCCGGACCCUGAAAACAUCAUCCUCAUCCUCAAAACCCAGAGCAUCCUCUUCAACCGACACAGACAAGAACUGGAGCCGUAUAAGUAUGCCGGCUACCCGAUGCUGAUUAAGACCAUCACCAUGGAGACGGGCGAUGAGCAGCUCUUCUCCAAGACGUCUCCUCUGUUGCCAGCGGCGUCUGAGCUGGCCUUCCACACGGUCAACUGCUCCGCCCUCAAUGCAGAGGAGCUGCGGCGGGAGAACGGCAUCGAGGUGCUCCUGGAGGCGCUUUCCCGCUGCGUAGCCGUCCUCACGGCCUCCAGCAAACCAGAGGACAUGGCGGUACAGGUGUGCGGGCACAUCUGUAGAUGCUACAGCGUAGCCGCUCAGUUCGAGGAGUGCAGAGAGAAAAUCAUUGAGCUUCCAAACAUCAUCAGAGAUGUUUGUCACAUACUCUACUAUGGCAAGGCUCUUCCGCGUCUGGCCGCGCUGACCGUGCAGUGUGUGAGCUCCUUCGCCGUCGAUUUCUUCCUGCAGACGCACCUCUACCACGCCGGGGUGCUCUGGCACCUGCUGGUCAACCUCUUCAACUACGACUACACACUGGAGGAGAGCGGCGUGCAGACCAGCCAGGAGACCAACCAGCAGGAGGUGGCCAACAGCCUAGCCAAGCUCAGCCUGGUGGCGCUGGGCCGCCUCGGGGGCUACAGCUGCCCGGCCAGCAGCCCGGAAGGAGAGUCUGAAGCCGAGACGAACGGGGGAGAGAAAGUGGGACCCCCUCCAGAGAACCCCACCAUCAGGAAGAGCCUGGCAGCCAUGCUGACCCCUUACAUCUCACGCAAAUUGGGUACCAACUCACCAGCCGAGGUGUUGAAGUUGUUGAACAGCAACUCGGAGAACCCGUAUCUGAUCUGGAACAACGGAACCAGGGCCGAGCUGCUGGAGUUUCUGGAGGGGCAGCAAGAAAGUAAUAUCAAGAGGGGUGAAUGCGACAAGAGCUUCGGUGCAGAGUUUGUGUUUAGUGAACACGGCAAAGAGCUGAUUGUGGGAGAGAUUUUUGUGCGUGUUUACAACGAGCAGCCUGCCUUUCCUCUGGAGUAUCCAAAAGCCUUUGCGGCGAGUCUCCUGGACUAUGUGGGCUCUCAGGCUCAGUAUCUGCACACACUGCUGGCGAUGACCCAGACUAAUAAAGUGGAGUCUCAGCAGCACGCUCAGAGACUGCGCUGGGCCGAGAUGGCGCUGGAGGCGCUGCGCAACGUCAUCAAGAACAACCCAGGAUCUGAGACGGAGUGCAUUGGCCACUUCAAGCUGCUGUUUUCUCUGCUGAGAGUCCACGGAGCCGGGAAGGUCCAGCAGCUCGCCCUGGAGGUUGUGAACACGGUCACGUCUAACCAGGAGUGCGUCAGUAACAUCGCGGAGUCGCUGGUUCUGGCCAAUCUGCUGGUGCUGCUGCACUCCCUACCGUCCAGCAGACAGCUUGUUCUGGAGACUCUGUAUGCACUGACCUCCAACACCAAGAUUGUCAAAGAAGCAAUGGCCAAAGGUGCGCUGAUCUACCUGUUGGAUUUGUUCUGUAACUCCACCCACCCUCAGGUGCGCUCCCAGACUGCUGAGCUCUUCUCCAAGAUGACCUCAGACAAGCUGGUCGGCCCCAAGGUGCGUUUGACUCUGGUGCGUUUCCUGCCGGGUGUCUUCAUGGAUGCCAUGCGUGACAACGCAGAAGCAGCCGUGCACAUCUUCGAGGGGACGCAUGAAAACCCAGAGCUGAUCUGGAACGACGCCUCGCGAGAGACCGUCUCCACCACCGUCAGAGAGAUGAUGCUUGAUCACUUCAGGCAGCAGAAGGAUAAUCCUGAUGUAAACUGGAAGCUGCCUGAAGAUUUCACAGUAGCGUACGCAGCAGGGCAGGGUGAGCUGGAGGUUGGAGGCGUGUUCCUGCGGAUCUUCAUCGCUCAGCCUGGCUGGGUGCUUCGCAAACCUCGCGAGUUCCUCGUCUCCCUGCUCGAGACCCUCACUGAACUGCUGGAGAAGAACAACCCCAAUGGGGAGGCGUUGGAGACGGUCACCACGGCGGCCGUGUGUUUGUUCAGCACUCAGACUCAGCUGGCUGACCAGGUUCCUCCUCUGGGUCACCUGCCCCGCGUCCUGGCGGCUCUCAACCACAAGAACAACGCUGUGCCCAAAAGUUCCAUCAGACUCAUCCAUGUCCUCUCAGACAAUGAGUUAUGUGUGCGCUCCAUGGCGGCGCUGGAGACCAUUGGGCCAUUGAUGAGUGGGAUGAAGGUCAGGGCUGAUAUGGCUGGGCUGGCCUGUGAGGCCCUCAACCGCAUGUUCCAGAAAGAGCAGACCGAGCUGGUCGCACAGGCUCUCAGGGUGGAGCUGGUGCCGUACUUGUUGAAGCUUUUAGAGGGAGUGGGGCUGGAGACUCUGGAGAACCCGUCAGCAACCAAAGCUCAGAUCGUCAAAGCUCUAAAAUCCAUGACUCGCAGCCUCCAGUAUGGAGAACAGGUGAAUGAAAUCCUGUCUCGUUCCACUGUGUGGAGUGCCUUCAAAGAUCAGAAACACGAUCUCUUCAUCUCAGAGUCGCAGACUGCAGGCUAUCUAACAGGUGUGUCUACUCCUUCUCUCCUGGCUGCCAGUAGUCCGUUGCGGGGCGGACUUUAGGGGGCGCCAAACGGGGACCCUCCCCGUCCUCUUUUACUUUAACGCAGGUCCGGGAGUAGCAGGUUAUCUAACGGCAGGCACGAGUUCUACGGUUAUGCCCAGCGUCCCUCCACCCGUAGACAACGACAUCGGAGACCAGGGCUGAUACACAGACUGACGGACACCAAGCACUACGAACAAGCUCGGCCGCCCAGACCGCACCACUUCCCCCAGAGCAGCGGCCUUCUUAUCCUCACGAGAGACGGAGGGACACGAAGAAAAAGAUGGAUAGAGAGAGAGAGAGAGAGUGAGGGAGGGAGAUAGAGGUGGGGGAAGAGGGGAGGACAUUCUGCCCCUUUCUGCCCCUCCAAUGUCUGCGGUGUUCCCUCACAGCGCUCGGUCUCCAGCGAAUCCCUUUCUUUCCGCUCUCUGUUUUAAAUCAGCACUUCUUUCUCUUCUUCCUAAUCUGUCGAAUUAUGUUGUUUAUUUGUGUUUUUCUCCCAGGAGACAAAGUUUACUUUUGUAUGAAUAUUUUUUAGGAUUUUUUUGUGCGGAGAAGAUAAAAAAUUUAAUAAAAAGAGAGAACCGGUAAGGCUGCAGAGAUGAAUCUCACUUUAUUAUGUUCCUUUUCUCCUUCAUUCCUUUUCUAAUCCCGCCUGCGUCUCUCCAGAACAGAAACGCGUUCUAGCUUCCUCGUCUUAACCAAAUUUCGGACUGUGUGGAGUUUACACGACCGCAGCUCCGCCAGCGUGAUUCCUCACUCUGUCUGUCCUCCUUUUCUACUCCUGUACCUUAAAUGAAUGUUUGAUUGUUAACGUUGAAGAGAAGGUUGAGACGUAAAAACACAGAGCUGUGAUGGUGUCGGUGUGUCCUGACGGAUCUGUCUUCAAGUCCUUGAUGUCUUUGUGUCCUCCAGAUGUCUUUCUGUAAACCCCAGAUCACUCCUGUCGCUGUCGCUGUCACCGUCGCUCUCUGUCUCUACCAACAAAGUCCUUGUUUUGUUUUUUUCUCUUUCUUUUCGCCCCCAGAAUGCAAAAAGCACUAGACUAUUUAUGCCGAGUAAUGAUCUUCACCACCUGAAAAAAAGGACCUGGGAGAAAUGAUACUGACUCUGAUUAUGAAUCUGUUUGAAAGACUAGUGCAAUUGUGAAACUGUCUAUAAUACGCCGUAUAUAAACUUUCUAUAUUGAAUGUACAUUAAACAAAAAUAAAUCAGUCACACUUGUACAUAAAAUUUUAAGAAUAAAAGGGAAUCCACAGUG